GAAGUUGACGUGCCCUCUCACCCAUCAAAAGGUUUCGCAGAGAAAAAAAACUACAUUAUAACUGAAAUUCGCUCUUCCUCAUUGAAUGUCACUUCUUCAUACAGAAUAGCAACAAAUUUCAAGUGAGAGCGUUGGUCAUCUUUUUGCUGUUGUGUCACGCACUUCACAAUCGUGGUUGUGCAGGCUGAACAGUUUGCCUAAUAAGCAACGCAGCGAUGAGUCGUGGUAACUGCGUUGAAUCAUAACUUAACUGCCGUCUACUUCCUCUGAGCAGCCAGUUAAAAGAAAAAAAUAAUUCUUGAUUUGUUCUUUUUUUCAUUGUUUUCAUUUAAUUAAUUAUAUAUAUAUAUAUAUAUAUAUAUGUAUUCGCGUCGGUCAAAGACGGAGAGAAUACAGACGGAUUGGCAGAAAGUGCUUUAUGGCUUGUACGAAACAAAGAGUCGUUUUAUAUUUAUACACUCUCUCUUCUCUGCCCCUCUGUUUCGUAGCCAGUCGCUGUUGGGGGGCGUUGACAUCCUUAAGUAUUCUUCCUCAUCACUUAUGGCGUGCUUCAAACGGUAGAACAAUAAAAGGAAAGCAAAGGAGAAAACAAAGUCGCUAAUGCGCUUCAAAAAGGAGAAAAGUAAAGCGACUGGCGUAUCUGUGGGCGCAGAUCGGCUUCACACGCUACCAUGUGGUGCGACGAUGUGAGGAAAAAAACACACCUGAAAACGCAUCUGGCUCUCUCUCUUCUAUCCGUGAUAGCUGAUUUCACGCCUUUGAUGUGUACCCUGUGCGUCACCCGUGUCAGGCGCGUAGUGUAACCAUCAGAGAGCCAUGCUCUCCCAACUUUCUGUUGUUGCUGAACAAUGAAUGCCUCGAUUCGUCUGCUAAGCACGCACUUCACUCAUUUUCUCCCUUCUUUUCUCUCAGCUCUUUUCUGCGGUUUCUCUUCGCUGCGCCUCUCUAAACUUCAAGCGGGUGCACUGCCACUUUCUUUUGUUGCUAAUAGAACAAUAGUAAAGAAGAAGAAAAACAAUAAGGAGACGAGGGGUACAAGAACCGUACCUUAUUAAGCACAGUAAACAUAAGAACGGGAAGCAGGACUUUCUUGCGCUUAAAGCACCGUAUUCCCUCACGCGAUAACCUCUCGCAGGUUUCUUUUCUUCGUUGUUAUUGCUUGUUUUCUGCAAUGAAAAUUCCUGGUCUGAACGCCGGUCCCAACCCUCAGGCGGCGUCUCCGCGGAUGGUGGCGAUGGGCUCCCGCCGGCGUCUGCUACCGAAGUGGUUCAACUUUGUCCUCCCCAUCACCCUUCUCUUCGCGGUGAGCGGCAUCGCCUACACGUUCAAGUGGAACUCCGACCGCCAGAAGCAGGGCAACGGCGUCUGCAUCGACUGCGCACGCCAGCGAGAGAUGGUGGAGGAGGUGUACUUCAACAAGAAGAACGAGGGGGCACACAAGGGCUACCGGCUGUGA